GUGAAUUUGAUAGCUAAACUAAGCCAUCCAUAUCCUUCGGAGUACAAAGAUGCUUGGGUGGACAAGGGGAGCUGUAUAUGCAUCGUUGCCGAUUAUUGCGAAGAUGAAAAUAUGGAGGAGGUCAUGAGGAAGUCUAGAGGAGCACUUUUUCGGGAAGAGAAACUCUUCAAAUGGCUGACUCAUCUAUUGUUAGCUUUGGAUCAUCUGCAUUCCAACCGCGUUCAUCAUAGAGACCUCAAGUUAUGUAACAUAUUCAUCACAAAGGACAACGACAUCAGGUUAGGUGAUUUUGGAUUAGGAAAAUUGCUAGAUGCAGAAGGCCUUGCUUCCUCGGUAUCUGGCACACCAAACAACAUGUGCCCUGAGCUCCUUGCUGGCAUACCCUAUGGCUAUAAAUCUGAUAUAUAG